AUGGAUAAGAAGUUUAUAAUUGUAUCCCUGGAAGGAAAUGUGGGUGCAGGCAAAUCAACCUUAUUUGAGAUUUUGAGACAAGAAUUCCCGAAGGCAAUUUUCCUCAUGGAGCCCUUGGAAUAGUGGCAGAACGUGCAUGGUAACCCCAACCUAAAUAUCUUGGAGAAGUACUACUCAGACAUUCAACGUUGGGGUUUCACUUUUUAAAUUUAUGCUUACCAAUCCAGAUUAAUGGCUUGGGACAAAUAAUUAAGAGCAGUAGUCAAAGAGCAAAAAUUGUAACAGAUAGACAAUCAAUUUUCAUCUCCAUCAACCAACGCUGAUGAUGAACCCAUCCUCGUAUUUACUGAGAGAAGCAUUGAGAGUGCAAGGGAAUUGUUUUUCAAAUUGUGUUAUAAUGAUGGAACAAUCAACGAACUUGAAUAUCACAUAUACGAAGAGUUUUAUGAGUGGCUCAUGGAACACUACAAGUAAUAUUUGGUGGAUUGUGUCAUUUAUGUUAACACUCCUCCUGAAACAUGUUUGGAACGUUUGACUCGCAGAGGCAGACAAGAAGAAGCAUGUGUCCCACUCGAUUACUUGAAGAAGUUACAUUAACGACAUGAGGAUUGGCUUUCUGAUAAUACUAAUAAAUUCAAAAUCAUAAAUAUCGAUGCUACCAAAAACUACGUUAAGGAUUUGGAUAUCAAAGAAGCUGUUCGCAGACAAUUAAUUGAUGAAAUAUCCACUUUGAUUGAUUGA